AAGGUAAUUCACCCAUCUGCAAAAGACCAUUACUAUGAAUGGAGAUCCUUUUCCUGAAUUAGAUGUUUAGGUUUCCUGCUGUGAGCUUGAAGCAGAGAACAUGAAAGAACAUGACGUGACAUGUGAUUUAACAGCAACACUUCAUUUGUUGAAAUUGGGGCAACAAGGGCUAUCGUGAAUUUCACAGUACUAUAAAAAGUCUUUUUUAAGGGAGUUAAAUGCCAAUAAUCUAUCCACCACCUGCCACAGGAAAAUGGUGCAAUUCCUUCCAGUAAAGACGUGAGUUAAUGGCAGACGUGUGCAGUUUCAGUUGCUCAGCACAAGUGUCACAGAUGUUUAUUCAUACCUGCUGCUGCUUGUAUCCUUCUCCCCAGAUACAUCACCAGAAGAACUCAGUGGAUAUCUUCUGCUAAGGAAUGUUUCCUUCUGAUUUUAAUAUCACUGAGACAACUUCUUCAAAAAUGGAACAGAUGGAUUGCAAACCCUACCAGCCUUUGUCAAAGGGCAGGCAUGAGGUAGAACUUGCUUAUACCAGUUCAUCAGAUGAAAGCGAAGAUGGAAGACAGCCUCGGAAAGCUUAUGAUUCCAGAGAAACUCUGAAGGAAUUUAGUCAGGAACUAAGGCUGAACUAUAACAGCCAGAGCCGGAAGAGAAAAGCUACUGAUGACAAAGCCCCAGAGAUUGAAUUCUGUGACUCUACAACUGUGUUGUGUUCUGGCUACCAAACAGAUCUUCAAGGUGUUCAAGAGCAUGAUUACGUGUUAGGGACGGGUUCAGAUGUUGACACCGAGAAUGAAGGCGGGGCAUCACCAGACCACUCCCUCAAACUGUGGAUGAGGGAAAUGAAAUCAGAACAUAGUUCCUGUCUAUCAAGUCGAGCCAAUUCGAUGCUGUCUCUCACCGACACUGACCCUGAUCGAAAAUCAGAUGGUGAGAAUGAUUGGUGUUUUGGGUCUUCAGAAUCACACCUCCACAGGUCCAUUCCAACUUGUGUUUUGGCUAAUACAUCCUCAAAGAUGACUACAAGCCCUCAGAACCAGUUUACAUUUCGGCCACUCCCACCACCUCCUCCACCUCCACAUGCGUGCACCUGCAGCAGACAGAACACCAAGUCCGCUGACUCACUACAAAGAAAUACAAUGACUGUACGAAGCCAGUGCAGCCAAGCCCCUGUGGACUCAUCAUCCAAUACUCAGCAGGACUCUGUACAUCUUCAAAACAGCUGGGUGUUAAACAGCAACAUACCACUGGAGACCAGGCACUUCCUGUUUAAGCAUGGCUCUGGUUCCUCAUCUAUAUUCAGUGCAGCAAAUCAGAACUAUCCUUUAACAUCCAAUACUGUCUAUUCCCCACCUCCUAGACCGCUUCCUCGAAGUACUUUUUCUAGACCUGCCUUCUCUUUCAGCAAACCUUAUAAGUGCUGUAACUGGAAAUGUACCGCUUUGAGUGCCACAGCCAUUACUGUGACCUUAGCCCUGCUUCUCGCCUAUGUUAUUGCAGUACAUUUAUUUGGCUUGACCUGGCAACUGCAGCCCGUAGAAGGGCAGCUGUAUGAGAAUGGUGUUAGUAAAGGAAGUCGAGGAAUUGAACAAAUAGACGCAACGUAUUCUCCUACAGGAGGAAGAUCAUCUGAAAAGAACGACAAGAAAGAAAAAACAGUAUAUCAGAAAGGUCGAGCAGUAGAUACAGGUGAAGUUGAGAUUGGAACCCAGAUCAUGCAAACUAUUCCUCCAGGAUUAUUUUGGCGGUUUCAGAUAAUUAUCUACCAUCCUGUCUACUUGAAGUUUAAUGUUUCACUUGCUAAAGAUGCUUUGCUGGGAAUAUAUGGUAGAAGAAAUAUUGCACCUACACAUACUCAGUUUGAUUUUGUAAAACUGGUGGAUGGAAAGCAAUUAAUUAAGCAGGAAACCAAAACUCCUGAAGAUUCCAAUCAUAUUCCAAGGAGCCUGAUCCUAACAUCCCUACAGGAGACUGGUUUCAUUGAGUUUAUGGAUCCUGGUACUUGGCACCUUGCAUUUUAUAAUGAUGGGAAAAAGGUGGAACAGAUAUAUGUGCUUACUAGUUCGAUUGAUACCAUGGACGACUGCUCCACUAACUGUAAUGGGAAUGGAGAAUGUAUCUCUGAGCAUUGCCACUGUUUUCCAGGAUUUCUUGGCCCUGACUGUGCAAAAGAUUCUUGCCCUGUGCUUUGUAGUGGUAAUGGAGAAUAUGAAAAAGGACACUGCAUUUGCCACAAUGGAUGGAAGGGUCCAGAAUGUGAUGUACCAGAUGACCAGUGCAUUGAUCCAACUUGUUCUGACCAUGGAACAUGCAUCAUGGGAGUCUGCAUCUGUGUUCCUGGUUACAAAGGCGAUAUUUGUGAAGAAGAAGACUGUUUGGAUCCUAUGUGCUCUGGUCAUGGGGUCUGUGUCCAAGGAGAAUGUCACUGCUCUGUAGGCUGGGGAGAUGUAACAUGUGAAUCGCCUAUGCCUAUGUGUCAAGAACAAUGCUCUGGGCAUGGAACUUUCUUACCUGACUCAGGGGCCUGCCACUGUGAUCCUACAUGGACAGGUUCUGACUGCUCAACAGAGUUGUGUGCAGUUGACUGUGGUAACCAUGGCAUUUGUUCUGGAGGAUCAUGUCAGUGUGAAGAGGGUUGGGGUGGAGCUGCCUGUGAUGAACGCACAUGUCACCCUCGCUGUGCCGAGCAUGGACAGUGCAAAGAUGGAAAAUGUGAAUGCAAUGCUGGAUGGGAGGGAGAGCAUUGUACCAUUGCUCACUAUCUAGAUGUUGUAAAAGAUGGCUGCCCAGGUUUGUGUAAUGGGAACGGUAGAUGCACUUUGGACCAGAACGGAUGGCAUUGUGUUUGUCUAGUCGGAUGGAGCGGCGCAGGUUGCAAUGUCAUCAUGGAAAUGACUUGUGAGGACAGCAAGGACAAUGAUGGAGAUAGCCUUACGGACUGUGUGGAUCCUGACUGCUGUCAUCAGCCAAACUGUUAUUCCAGUCCAUUUUGUCAGGGCUCACCGGACCCUCUCGAUUUAAUCCAGCAAAGUCAACCACUUUUCUCCCAGCAUCCUCCAAGGACCUUUUACGAACGUAUCAAGUUCCUUAUUGGCAAGGACAGCACACACGUGAUUCCUGGAGAGCCCUCUUUUGAAAGAAGCCGUGCUUGCGUUAUCCGAGGACAAGUGGUAGCAGCAGAUGGAACACCUCUUGUCGGUGUCAAUGUUAGCUUUUUACAACACAGCGAAUAUGGUUACACCAUCAGUCGUCAGGAUGGCAGUUUUGAUCUUGUUGCCGUCGGGGGCAUAUCUGUAACUCUUAUCCUUGAACGUUCACCAUUCCUCAGUGAGAGACACACCCUCUGGUUACCAUGGAGCAGAUUUGUUGUUAUGGACCAAGUGGUUAUGAGACGAACAGAGUUGGUGGCACCUUCCUGUGACAUGAGCAGUUUUAUCAGUCCCAGUCCACUUAUAAUUUCUGCACCACUAACCAAUUUUGCUGGAUCCUGUUCAGAAAGAGGACCUGUUAUCCCAGAAUUACAGGCUGUACAGGAAGAUAUUAUUAUCCCAUCUACCUCUGUGAAGCUCAGUUACCUCAGCACCCGAGCACCUGGAUACAAGUCAUUAUUACGCAUUAUUAUGACUCAUACCAGUGUUCCCAAUGGGCUUGCAAAAGUACAUCUAAAAGUUAUUGUCGAGGGAAGAUUAUUCCAGAAACUGUUUCCUGCAGGACCAAACUUGGUCUACACAUAUGCUUGGAAUAAAACAGAUAUCUAUGGACAGAAGGUUUCCGGUUUGACUGAAGUACUGGUUUCUGUAGGCUAUGAAUAUGAAACCUGCGUUGACCUUGUCAUAUGGGAAAAAAGAACAGUGAUGUUACAGGGCUUUGAGAUGGACGGGUCCAACUUGGGUGGAUGGUCCUUGAACAAACACCAUAUUCUGAAUGUACAGAGUGGAAUACUGCACAAAGGAAAUGGAGAAAACGUAUUUAUCUCCCAGCAGCCUCCAGUCAUUUUUAGUGUCAUGGGAAACAGUCAGCAGAGAACUAUGUCCUGUCCAAACUGUAAUGGUCCUGCCCAUGGCAGUAAACUCUUUGCUCCAGUUGCUAUAGCAGCUGCACCAGAUGGCAGUGUAUAUAUUGGAGAUUUUAAUUUUGUGCGGCGCAUUCUUCCCUCAGGGAAAGUUAUUUCUGUUUUAGAGCUCAGAAACAGGGAUACAAGACACAGCACCAGCCCAGCUCACAAGUAUUACUUGGCAGUUGAUCCAGUAACGGAAGCACUGUAUCUCUCAGAUACAAAUACUAGAAGGGUCUACAAAGUGAAAUCACUUACAGAAAUAAAAGAUUUAACCAGGAAUUUUGAGGUGGUUGCGGGAAAUGGAGAUCAAUGCCUUCCAUUUGACUUAAACAAUUGUGGAGAGGGUGGGAAGGCAUCUGAAGCAUCGCUCAACAGCCCCAGAGGUAUCACCGUGGAUAGGCAUGGUUUCAUUUACUUUGUUGACGGCACCAUGGUUCGGAAAAUUGAUGAAAACGGAGUGAUCACUACAGUAAUAGGUUCCAAUGGCCUGACAUCAACACAGCCACUGAGCUGUGACUCAGGAAUGGACAUCAGUCAGGUCCGUCUUGAGUGGCCAACUGAUCUGGCAGUCAACCCAGUUGACAAUUCUCUCUACAUCCUGGAUAAUAAUGUUGUUCUACAGAUGACUGAGAACAGUCGCGUCCGAAUAAUUGCUGGCCGGCCAAUUCACUGCCAAGUUCCAGGCACUGAUCAUUUUUUGGUCAGUAAAGUGGCAGUGCAUUCUACAUUGGAAUCAGCCAGAGCAAUCGCUGUUGCUCAUAGUGGCAUCCUGUACAUCGCAGAGACUGAUGAGAGAAAGAUUAACCGUAUACAACAGGUGACGACCAAUGGAGAAAUAUCUGUUAUUGCUGGAACUCCCACAGAAUGCGACUGCAAGAUUGAUCCGAACUGUGACUGCUUUGCAGGUGAUGGUGGUUAUGCCAAAGAUGCUAAAUUAAAAGCUCCAUCCUCACUGGCAGUUUCUCCAGAUGGUGUGCUUUAUAUAGCAGAUCUCGGCAACUUACGCAUCCGUGCUGUAAGCAAAAACAGACCUUUCCUAAAUAAUGACAAUUUAUUUGAAAUUGCUUCUCCUGCUGACCAGGAAUUGUAUCAAUUCAGCAGCAACGGAACGCACCUGCACACCCUGAACAUGAUCACGGGUGAUUAUGUUUACAAUUUUACAUAUGCUGCAGAUGGUUAUAUUAGUACUGUUACAAGCAAUAGUGGCAAUACAGUUCAUGUCCGCAGAGAUGCAAGUGGAAUGCCACUCUGGCUUGUUGUACCUGGCGGACAGAUCUACUGGCUAACUAUUAGUAGCACUGGGACUUUGAAGAGAGUUUCAGCUCAAGGGCAUGAUCUGGCGUUAAUGACAUACCAUGGUAAUACUGGACUUUUGGCAACUAUGAAUAAUGAGAAUGGAUGGACCACAGUUUAUGAGUAUGACAGUGAAGGUCAUCUGACCAAUGUGACAUUCCCUACCGGAGAAGUUAGCAGCUUCCACAGUAACAUGGAACGAGCAAUGCAAGUGGAAAUAGAUACAUCUAACAAAGAAAACUACAUUGCAACUACAAACUUCUCAGCAAUCAGUACUAUAUAUACAUUAAGACAAGACAACACUCAGAAAACCUACCGAGUUAACCUAGAUGGAUCCUUACGAGUCACAUUUGCCAGUGGUAUGGAGAUUAGCCUGAACACAGAGCCACAUGUUCUAGCUGGUGUUUUGAAUCCAACAACAGGAAAAUGUAAUAUCACCCUGCCUGGAGAGCACAGUCCAAGUCUUAUUGAAUGGAGGAUGCGAAGAGAACAAACAAAGGGAAAUGUUUCUGCAUUUGAAAGGCGGCUAAGGGCUCACAACAGGAACCUCUUAUCUGUGGACUUUGAUCGUGUGACCAGAGUGGGAAAGAUAUAUGAUGAUCAUCGAAAAUUCACCCUUCAGAUACUUUAUGACCAGACAGGCAGGCCUAUUCUUUGGUCUCCCAACAGUAAGUAUAACAAGGUUAAUGUCACCUACUCACCUUCGGGACAGGUGACCAGUAUUCAGCGCGGCUCCUGGUCUGAAAAGCUAGAAUAUGACCAAAGUGGACGACUGCUUUCCAGAACGUGGACAGAUGGCAAAAUAUGGAGCUAUACAUACCUUGACAAGUCGGUCAUGCUUCUCCUUCACAGCCAGAGACGUUACAUCUUUGAAUAUGACCAUUCUGGAUAUCUUGCAUCAGUCACCAUGCCCAGUAUGGUUCGUCAUACCUUACAAACUAUGCUUUCUGUGGGAUAUUACAGGAACAUCUACACACCGCCAGAUAGUAGUGCCUCUGUUAUUCAAGACUACACUAAGGAUGGCCGACUUCUGCAAACGCUGUAUCUUGGUACUAAGAGAAAAGUUCAAUACAAGUAUACCAAACAGUCCCGAUUAUCAGAAAUUCUAUAUGACACUAGUCAAGUUACGUUUACAUAUGAAGACUCUUCUGGAGUGGUUAAAACUAUCCAUCUGAUGCAUGAAGGAUUUAUCUGUACGCUGAGGUACAGGCAGACAGGUCCACUGAUUGGUAGACAGAUAUUUCGAUUUAGUGAAGAAGGACUUGUUAAUGCUCGCUUUGACUAUAGCUACAACAAUUUUCGUGUGACUAGCAUGCAAGCAAUGAUAAAUGAAACCCCUCUUCCUAUUGACUUGUAUCGGUAUGUUGAUGUCUCAGGAAGAAUUGAACAAUUUGGAAAAUUCAGUGUUAUUACUUACGACCUAAAUCAGGUUAUAACCACUACUGCAAUGAAACACACCAAGAUAUUCAAUUCCAAUGGUCAAGUAAUUGAAGUUCAAUAUGAAAUUUUAAAAUCCAUAGCCUACUGGAUGACAAUCCAGUAUGACACUGUAGGCCGCAUGAUAAUAUGUGAUAUCAGAAUUGGGGUUGAUAAUAAUAUUACACGCUAUUCCUAUGAAUAUGAUGCUGACGGACAGUUGCAGACCGUCUCCAUUAAUGACAGAACACAGUGGCGAUACAGUUAUGAUCUAAAUGGAAACAUCAAUCUGUUAAGUCAUGGUAACAGUGCUCGUUUAACUCCUCUGAGAUAUGACUUAAGUGAUCGUAUCACUAGAUUGGGAGAUAUUCAGUAUAAGGUUGAUGAAGAUGGAUUCCUCAGACAAAGCGAAAGUACUGUUUUUGAAUACAACUCAAAUAGCCUACUUAGUAAAGCCUACAACAAAGUUGCAGGAUGGAGUGUUCAAUACCACUAUGAUGGACUUGGAAGAAGAGUCUCCAGUAAGUCUAGUCUGGGGCACCAUUUGCAAUUCUUUUAUGCAGAUCUUGCCAAUCCUAUCAGGAUAACACAUAUGUACAAUCAUUCAAGCUCUGAAAUAACAUCACUCUACUAUGACCUUCAAGGCCAGCUUAUCGCUAUGGAGCUAAGCACAGGAGAGGAAUAUUAUGUUGCUUGUGAUAACUCAGGAACUCCAUUAGCUAUUUAUAGCAGCAGGGGUCAAGUAAUCAAAGAAAUCCUGUACACUCCAUAUGGUGAUAUAUACCAAGAUACCAACCCAGAUUUCCAGGUAGUCAUUGGCUUCCAUGGUGGUCUUUAUGAUCCUCUAACGAAACUGGUUCAUCUGGGACAGAAAGAUUAUGAUGCCAUUGCUGGACGGUGGACAGUUCCAAACCAUGGUAUAUGGAAUGAAUUAAACAACAGCCCUAAACCUUUUAAUUUAUACUCAUUUCAAAACAACUAUCCAGUUGGGAGUCAACAAGAGAUUGUGCAAUAUAUAACAGAUAUUGGCAGCUGGCUGCAAUUGUUUGGAUUUCAACUACACAAUGUGGUACCUGGAUUUCCCAAGUCAGAAAUGCAUGGUAUGACCUCAACAUAUGAGCUUAUGAAGAUUCAAACUAAAACUCAGGACUGGGACCCAGGAAAGACUGUAAUGGGUAUUCAAUGCGAGUUACAGAAACAGCUUCGAAAUUUCAUCUCAUUGGAUCGUCUCCCCAUGACUCAGAGAAGCCAUGAUAGAAGGCACUUGGAAGGAAGGACUUAUCCAAUGUUUUCUGCAACACCUUCAGUAUUUGGAAAAGGAGUGAAGUUUGCCAUUAAAGACAGUGUUGUUACUGCUGAUAUCAUAGGAGUGGCCAAUGAGGACAUUCGACGUAUUGCUGCUGUUCUGAAUAAUGCCCAUUACUUAGAAAAUCUUCAUUUUACUAUAGACGGGAGGGAUACUCACUAUUUUAUCAAACUUGGUCCACUGGAGGAGGAUCUAGCAAUUAUAGGUAAUACUGGAGGAGGGCGCAUUUUGGAGAAUGGUGUCAAUGUAACAGUAUCUCAAAUGACAUCUGUGCUAGGUGGCAGGACUAGAAGAUUUGCUGAUAUACAACUCCAACAUGGCGCCUUAUGCUUUAAUGUCCGCUAUGGUGCAACCAUAGAGGAAGAAAUAGUACAUGUUUUAGAAAUGGCAAGGCAGCGGGCAGUAAGUCAGGCCUGGACUAAAGAGCAGAAACGGCUUCAGGAUGGAGAUGAUGGAGUCAGAGCAUGGACAGAAGGUGAAAAACAGCAGCUAGUAAAUACAGGACGUGUACAAGGCUAUGAUGGCUACUUUGUGUUAUCUGUUGAGCAGCAUCUAGAACUUUCUGACAGUGCCAACAAUAUUCAAUUCAUGAGACAAAGUGAAAUAGGCAAAAGGUAACAAUUAAAACUAUGCCUGCUUUUGCGUCACCAAAGACUGCCUGUUUUUAGACAUCUUUUUUGAUUUAUCAUGCUGUUUUUCUAGAAUGGAACAUUGUACAUACAUCAAAGAAGAAAACAUAUCUAACUGCCUUUAAAAAUGACAAAAGAUGGUAUUUUAAUUAGUCAUACACUCUUUGAAUGAAUGACGUUGAACAUUUUAGGCCUCGAGUGGACGUAUUCACAGUUUCACAAGUAGUUCUGAAGGGGUUCCAGGACAUAGACAUAAAGCCUUAGUCUGCCUGAAUGCUUAAUUUAAAAAUUAAUGGGUACAUCAAGUUAUUUGGUGGAACAUAAGCAGAUGCGUUACAAUACAUGUUAUGUAAGAAACUUACUCUACAUUAAGUGCUCAGUUACAUUUCACAGGUAUGUGCCACACAGUGUAAUACCCAGAACAUCCUAGUUUCAACAAAAAUCUGUUAGUGCUAGCCGAAAUUUUGAAUACCACCACAGAGCCUUGAAACCUUCUCUAUAAUUCCUUAAACCUCUGACAUGAUUUUACUCACUUUAUAAUGGUAUAGAAAGAUCUGUACAUACAGAGUACAUUUAAUGUAAUAACAUUUUAACAGUGACAGUGAUAUAAAAUUUUAUUUUAGACAUAGUUAUUUCAUGAUCAGCUGAUAUAGUAUUUUCAAAGUAUUAUGAAUUCCCAUAGUAAACAAUGUAACUACUGUUUUACAUGGUGGUUGCAGAACUUCAGAAGUGCAUUUCUAGUGUAUAAUACAUACUUGGUUAGAUGGUGCCUUUAGUUUCUUAAAAUCCUUGUGUAUUAUAUGCAGAAAAAAUGUGCAUUACAAGAACUAGUUUGCCAUUUACAGUUCUUUUUCACUACCCUCUAUCUAAAGGGUUUUAGAGUGUAUCAUACGGUAACUUGGAACAAAUUAAUUUAUUAACAGUUUCACUUUGUAAUUAUGGUAAUUACAUCAUAAUAACAGAAACUUCUCUAUAAAUGAAGAGCUACUUUGACAGUAACAGCAAAGAGUAAUAUUGUCCAUGCCAGUGAAAAUUGUUAAUGGAAUAACAGCUAUGUGAUAAGAUGCCAUCCUAUGGACAUGAGCACCUCAGAUCUUAAGUAAAUAUGUUAUAGUUUAUAUAUUGCUGUUUUGCAAAAGUAAAGAUGUAUUUAGACCAACAAACAUGGGUGUUCAUAUUGUCAGAUUCCCCAUUAAGAAUCCUAACGGGACAAGGCUAUUUCAUCAUUCAUUUUUGCUACAACAUUGUACUUAAAUUCUACAUUUGUAUCCCGACAAGCUCAUAAUGGGGCAGUUAAACAUGUAUCCAUUUCUGAAAAUGAAUGGUUUUACAUACAGCUUAAUUCAAAAUCAUGUUUGGUUUGAAGAACCAAGCAAAGCAGUGAAAUUGUAUGAGAGUCAGACUUUCACUGUACCACAUUACCUGCAGUAUCAGUGUACACCUUUUCUGUAGUAUCAAUGUACCACGUUACAUGCAGUAUCAAUGUAUAGAUUAUCUACAAUAUCAGUGUAGACAUUUUCUGCAGUAUCAGUGUACCACGUUAUAUGCAGUAUCAAUGUAUACAUUAUCUGCAAUAUCAGUGUACCACAUUAUCUGCAGUAUCAGUGUACCAUGUUAUAUGCAGCAUCAAUGUACACAUUAUCUGCAAUUUCAGUGUACCACAUUAUCUGCAGUAUCAGUGUAUGCAUUGCACUUCUGAUAUUAUGGUCUUAUCCUCCAACUGUGUUCUUUAAUCCUGUAAUGGGGAAUUGCUUGAAUACUCUCAGUUUCUAAUGAUUUAUAUCAGGAAUAUUACACCACUUAUUUUUUUAAGUAUGUAAAAGAAAUUCUUGUUUGUUCAGUUAAUUUUUCGUGUUUGUUCUGUUCAUAUCACAAAAGUGAUAUCAAUGUCAAAGGUCAAAACUACUGUUAUGUUUUGUGCUGAGUCUCUGUUUUAUUUUUGUCAUUUUUACCAGUGUUUGUGCUUAUAUAGCCAAGACAUUUUAUAUAUAUAUAUAUAUAUAUAUAUAUAUAUAUAUAUAUAUAUAUAUAUAUACUUUGUUUCUCUUUGGAAGAUCCUUUUAGUGAAAAUGAAAGUCAUGGAGAACUAAAUAAUAAGGACUAAAUGUUUGUUAAACAAGGUGUGUACAAGAUGGAAAAUGUGGUAUGAGAGUGCUCAUGCAUACUGUAGCUUUUGCAAAUGUUAAAUUCACAGAACUUAUUAUUCAAAUGAAACUUAGCCACUUUCAGUAGAUGGUAAAACUCGGCAAUCUACAAAUUUGUCUCUGUCCAUGACAUUAUCGAACAUGUGUGGAAUUUUUACGGAGGAUAUACAUUCAGUAUACUUUGUGUGCCAUUAAGACAGUAACGAUUCACUGCACUUGCUCUUCAAGUAUAAGGUUACCGAAGGAGUGGAAUUGUUUAGUGCUUACUUUUUCUUAAAUUGCAAAACUGUUUAUAAGCCAACAUCUUCAAUUUCUGUACAAAAAAUAACAGUCAAAGGUUCUAAUCAUGCAGAAAAUUGUGUUGCAGUAGUCUGAGCCUUGUUGCUAGGAAACAUUAGGUUCCAGUUAUGUAAUUCUUGCUCUAUUUCCUGUGCAAAAUCAUGGACACUGUACAGGGUCAUGCUGUGUGGCUGCAGUCAAGCUAUAUGUUGCAUAUUGGCUUCAGAUUUUAUACCUGAAGCACAUAUUUUCUACAAGAGCUCCACAAAAAAGAAAAAGAAAAAAGAAAAAAAAUAACUUGCUGUAAAUAGUAAAUGUUGAUAUAUUAUAAGUGUUAACAUUUGAAGGAAAAGUAAUUUGAUUAUUUAAUUUCUAUAAAAUAAACUUGCAAAUUUAAA